AUGUCGUCCUUGUCCAACCGAAUUGCUCUCUUGGAGAAGAUGCUGAGAGAAAGAGGCGUCGCCCCUCCUCCAGCCGUCCACCCUCCAAAGACGAGACAAGAAGCGAAAGAAAUGCAGGAACACGAAAAACACGAUGUUCGGUUCUGUGAAGACUUUGAGACUCCUGGCCCGAAUCAGGCCAAUUCCUCCAUGGUCGCAGAUUACCCCUCGCCACCAAAAUUCAGCGCGGAAGAAAGUUCGCCUCCCCAUGGAAGGGAGAUCUGCUUCUGGGGCCAUUACAACCCCGCGGUUCAAGUCGUGGACCGUGAAAUAUUCGAGUUAGGCCGAAAGAGCCAGAACCCGAGGCAUUACUCGGUAUUCCUUCAUAUCACGAUGCUUGCUGCCGGGUACCGAUUUGCGGAGCGAAACAGAGAAGAUGUGAAAAGGUUGAUGCUCGGGAGCUGGGAGAGCACGUUCCAUCGGGAGUCCAAGUCCAUGUUGGAUGCUGAACUGGAGAGACCAGGCGGCAUACCGAGCAUCCAGGCGCUCCUCAUCCUCGCAGACCUCGAAUUUGCCGCUGGCAGGGACGCAACCGGCUGGCUAUAUUCUGGUAUGGCAAACCGAUUGGCUAUCGACAUCGGACUGCACGUAAACGUGCCGGUCAGCGACAGUGAGGCUCUCAGGGCUGAAGAACCACUACGUCGGCGGGUCAUGACGGCGUGUGUUUUGUUCGACAGAUACUGGGCGCUUCUACUCGGCCGUUCCCCAAGCAUCCGGAAUCGCGACAUUGGCAUAGAGCUGGGGCUCAAGCCAAGGAAGGGCCCAGCCAUGCCGACUGCAUCACCCACGGCCCCUUUUGAUAUGGUGACGUCUCAGUCACCGGAGAUUUCCCUUCACCAACAUCUCCUCGAGCUCAUGAGCAUAGCGGCCAAGAUUCUGGAGAUGCAGAACCAACACGAAUAUACCGAGUUGUUGUUUGCAAACAACAAGGCAGGAGAGGAGGCCUACCAACGAUUGUUUGCGCUGGACAGAAAACUGCAAGCGUGGUACCGCCGCUUACCGGACUUUUUGGCCUGGAACCCCACCAACGUUCAAGCAGCGCCUGCUGGUUUCUUUAUGCUCCAUCAACAAUUCCAUACGUGCAUGAUUCUGCUUCACAGGCCUUGGGCUAUAUACGGUGAUGAGGACGGAUCAAAUUCUACCAGGUCAUAUGGUCAGUCCGGCGGGUCGCUCCCGGGCAUCAGCCAUCACCAUAGAGUUGCCAUUGCCCGCCGUAUGUGUACCCAGCAUGCCAUCCGCGUCGCCCGUAUCUUCUGGCACCACCGUCUCCGGUUCGACGGCAGGCGGCUACCCAUCUUCGCUAUCCAGCAGGCGGGCACGUCAGCGAUUGCUCUGAUGGCAGCCCUCGCGAACCGGACUGCUGAGCUUGACCAGCAGAGCAACCUACGAUACCUGCAGGUUUUGUCGGCGGCGAUAUACGACAUGUGCUAUAUCUACCAGCCGGCAGCGAGGAUGUACCGCCUGCUAAAAUCGAUGUUAGUAGACAUCCGCAACGAGGUUGUCACCGGCGUAAGCUAUCCUCACGCUCAGUCGAAGACGUCGCCAGAGGUGACAGCAUCGGCGCCUUCUCCGUUCCUUCAGUACACCCAUCAGAGAAGCUACAGUACUCCUAAUGUCGGCCUGAACUUUGGCGCCCCCGACUGGGCUACCCGCGGCUCGAUUCCCAGUAGUGGCGGAGACACCCAUGGCUACCUGCAAUUUUCUGGUCGGCAACAACCGGAGAAUGAUUUGUUUGAGGAGCACGGACAUCCUCCUCCAAAGAGACAGAGGUGCAAUGACCCGAGCCGAAGGGCAUCCGAUCUUGGUGGUUAUCUCACUCCUUCACUUUUUAAUACCGGUGGUUUUGGUGGCACCUCGUCAUAUCCUACACCGCCAUUGACUUCUCCUAGGGAUUCCGGGGAUGUUCAGGCCAAAGACGAUAACAUGCCGAUCCCGGACACGUACACUGACAACAACGCGCUCUUCGAUUUUGUAUUUUUGGAAGCCACGGCGCUUGAUACGGUAAUGGAGGAGCCGAGUGAGGAGCAGCAACAAGGAACAGAGGAGUCGAAUCAAGAGGAUGCCGAAACAGAUUCUGUUUCCAGAGCUGCUAGCACGCCAACUGUGUCUUCUCGCAGCCACAAGGAUGGCAGCGACACGGCAGAAGAGACUGCAGAUAUCCUUCUUGCUUCGGGCACUGAUGCCAACAGGACCGCCAUCGAGGAUAGCUCAGAUUCGGGGGGGCCAAAGAAUGAUCCGGGCAAGGCCUCCUCUGAAGCCACUCAGGAUUCCAAAGUCUCAAUCUCUGCCCCGGCACCAUUCACAGCUUCAGCUCAGGGAGAGGAUUCAGACAGCAACAUCAUCGAAGAAUGGCUUGCCGAGCCGUCACCCCCCAUCGCCGUAACAUCGAAUGCCAGCAAAACCAUCAACCCCGCCGCGCUUACAUCCAUGACAAACACCACCAUGGCGCCGAUGCCCACACUAACAACGACAAGCCACCACCACUUGGCCAGGUUCCAACAAAUCACUCAUGCCCACCAUCGUGCGCAGCAGUCCACAAACGUAGCACCCUAUAAACGAGACGCCCGCGUAACCAAGCAAGACCACCCGGACCUCUUUCCCAAAUUUGACAAGUCAGCCAUCAUCGACGCGCUGGUGUCGGCGGCGGGUAUAAACUUUGACCUGUCUCUUUGUCGAGAGGUGGAUGUUGAAGACGACGGGAAUUAUGACCAUGAGCAUGAGGAUGUUGAUGUUGUCAAUGAGCACGAUUUUGUGAGGGAAAAUCAAGGGGGUGCGGCAGGUGGUGGCAAAGAUGGAUGCGCGAAGGGAGGAGGAGAGGGCCCAAGCGGCGGAUCAGCAGCGUAUGGCGUCAGCUUGAGUGAUUUGCUGGGCAGCAUGGGAGGAGGAGGUCAUAGGGGUAAUAAGAGGAGGAUCAAGGAGGUUGAAGGGAGUUAUGGCGCUGGUCUUGGGUGUGGUUAUGCGACUGCGACGAGUGCUGCGAAGUUGGCGAGGAAUGUGGAGUUGGAUUAUUUGCGGUUUUGAGAGAAACUCUGGAUAUAGACUACUAGACUUUGGCUUUUGCUAGAGACAUAUCUACCUCAGACUUUGAAUGGAAUAGAGGCGAAUU